AAAGGAUUUUGCCUCCAUAGACAGAAAAGCCGGGGGAUAACUUUUUGGAAUUGGGCCUGGGGGGGUCCUCUGGGACGUUACGCUCACUGCAGCUCCCCACUCGUCCUCUCGCUCGCUCCCUGCGGAAACCUGCACACUUAAGACUCUUCCUUUAUCCUGAAGAACUCAGUGUGUUGAGCAGCGUCAGUCAGGAUGUACAGCUUUAUGGGAGGGGGUCUGUUCUGCGCCAUCGUGGGGAACAUCCUGCUGGUGGUCUCCACAGCCACGGACUACUGGAUGCAGUACCGCCUGUCUGGCAGCUUCGCUCACCAGGGCCUGUGGCGCUACUGCAUGUCCGGAAAGUGCUACAUGCAGACAGAUAGCAUCGCGUACUGGAAUGCCACCAGGGCCUUCAUGAUUCUGUCGGCGAUGUCGUGUUUCGCAGGAAUCAUCGCCGGGAUACUCUCCUUUGCUCACUUCUCCGCUUUCGAGAGGUUCAACCGUUCCUUUGCCGCAGGGAUCAUGUUCUUCGUUUCAACUCUCUUUGUUCUGCUUGCGAUGGCGAUCUACACCGGGGUGACAGUGAACUUCCUGGGAAAGCGUUUCGGAGACUGGCGUUUCUCCUGGUCCUACAUACUGGGCUGGGUGGCUCUGCUCAUGACUUUCUUUGCAGGUAUAUUUUACAUGUGCGCCUACAGGAUGCAUGAGUGCAGGCGAGUGGCCGGCCCGCGCUAGAGCGAGAAAAACAAAAACGACUCAAUAUGGAACAGAAACUCAGAUGAGAAGAAUUCAGAUCAGGAUGUGUCUGCAGAUGGUGGACCUGUUCACAGCUAAACCUGCGCUACAAUCAGUGAUAUCAGGCCUGAGUUCUGUGGCUCUUCCCUCAGUAAUAAAGACACGACUCCUGACUUACCCCUCUGAAAUCAAUACCAAUUACAUCACGUCACCAAACGGCAGCAUUACUGAGGGAAAUUCUGCGCAAAGACGUGAAAAAAAUUAUAAACACAAAACUACUACAUAUUAUGUUCAUGCUACAUUUUCAAAUAAAAUUUCAGACCAUUAAAA